AUGACGGUGGAAGGUGCAGAAGUAUGUCGAACGAGCUUUACGCUGGUCAUUGUCCAUCUUUUGGUUUCCGAUAUCAAGAUCGUUGUAGCAGUCCCAUUCCCAGUCGGCGAUCCACUCGCCCACCGGCGCUCCCCUCAACGUUAUCCUACUUCCUCAACACCACGAAAUAAACAGCAAGAACCACCACCAAGCCGAUGCCAACGGAAAUGGUUGAUCCUCAUUUGCGGUAUGAUUAUUCGUCGCACCGAGGGCUUUAAAGAGUACGCAGUAAGAGACGAGCGCUCUGAAAGGAAGGCGGGUGUAGAGCCUAGAAAGGAAUCGGACUGGUGGAAGGGGGAUGAGUCGCCUGAUCGAGGAACAUCUGUGGUGAUUGGCGCUGAAAGAAGGUCAAUGAACCCGGGUUGGAGCGCCGAUUGGUCUGUGGCUGCUGGGUGGUGUUGGCCUCGCAAGUGGAUGGUAGUGAUGAGUGUUCGACAGGAGAGAAGGUCCUCUGCUUGCACAACGGGGACGAUGUACAAGGAUGGUUACGUCGCAAAUUUGUGGCAUGUCAUCCUCCCGAUCGCCAAGGCCUCCCCGAGAACACUGCAGGAAUGGCACGGUAUCAAAUGGCGAACAGGAGUUGGGCAGACGUGA